CCUUGUGUACGGUCGGGGCUUUCCCCGCGCAAAAGGGUUUUCUCAUUUAGCUAUGGCGAAGUGAAGAGGAUGCUUUAGAGCGCGGGAUCGCCUAGGGUUUGUGGAAUGGCGUCGAGCAGUAGGCGCAGGCUCAGCAGGGAGGAAUUGGAGAAGACGCGGCUGUGGCAGGAAGUGAACGCGAGCAGCAGCGAUGAGGAGGGCUCGGCGCAAGAACCCGCGCACUCCAAGAAGCGGGGAGCUGCGGUGCGGGGAGAUGGGCUUCCUCCGAAACGUCGUAAGCGGCAAGUGUCUUUGGAGUCCGAGAGUGGGAAAGACAGCAGUUUGGAGCAAGAUGAUCGAGGAAAAAAGAGGAAGAACAGGCAGUCUGAGGAUUCCAGUGAUGAUCGACAAAGCUUAAUAGACGUGAUCAAGCAUAAUGGGAAGCUUGUUCCUCGAGCUGUGAAGAACUGGAUUGAUCGCUACGAAUCAAGCCAGCGGCCGGCGACAUGCGAACUUAUUAUGUGUAUAUUUGAGGCUUGCGGUGCGAAGUACAAUAUUGACGAAGAUUUACUCGACGAAAUUAAUGUUGAUGAGGUUGUUCUCGAGCUUGUUAGUCAGGCUAAAGCGGGGGAUGUGGAAGAUUUUGUUACGUCGAAGCAAAAGGAUCUGCGUGGUUUUAAAGACAAUCUGACAUUAUUCUGGGAUACCUUCGUUCUAGAAUGCCAAAACGGACCACUUUUUGACGAACAACUUAUGGAGAUGUGCAUAAACUUUGUGACGGCGCUCUCAUGCACCCCGCCUAGGCACUUCCGGCAUGUCUCGACGCUCAUCGGACUUCAGCUCGCGACAUCAUUUGUCACCGUUGCAAAGACGCUUUCUCAAUCUCGGGAAACGAAACAGCGCCAGCUUAUUGCCGAGGAAAAGAAGAAACGGAAGGAUGCUGCACGCAUCGAGUCGCUCAACAAAGUCCUGUCUCAAACGCACGAUAAAAUAACAAAAAUCGAGGGUAUGAUCCAGGCCAUAAUCCGCGGGCUCUUUAUGCAUCGGUAUCGUGACGUCGACGUAGAUAUCAGAGUUGCAUGCGUCAAAGCCAUUGGUGGAUGGGUUAUAUCAUACCCGUCCUACUUCCUCAAUGACCUCUAUCUAAAGUAUAUCGGAUGGACGCUCAGCGAUAAGAACGUAGCCGUCCGCAAGAGCUCUAUUGAGGCUCUCCGAGCUAUCUACGAAAUUGAUGAUAAUGUACCUUCUAUGGCGCUAUUUACACAACGUUUUUCUAAUCGAAUGAUCGAACUAGCGGAUGAUGUUGAUAUAAGUGUUGCAGUGAGCGCCAUCGGCUUGUUUAAACAGCUGCUAAGGCAUCAACUUAUCAAAGACGUGAGCCCUCUGUACGAUCUUUUGAUCGAUGAAUCGCCUUCGAUUCGUCACGCUGUAGGACAGCUAGUUUAUGAGCAGAUGAUUGCCGUGCCAAACGCAGAAGGUGUGUAUUAUGCUGUUUAGAGCCACUUAAAACUUUUUUUCUCUACAGAAGGCGAGGACAGCGAUAAAUCUGAUGUCCAGUUAAAGAGAUUGCUAACGAUCCUGAAAGACUUCGCAAGUGAUCCCAUUCUAAGCGAUUAUGUUAUCGAUGCUGUCUGGGAAGAAAUGAAGGCUAUGCAGGACUGGAAGUGCCUAAUUUCGAUGCUACUGGAUGACAGUGAGAAUCAGGAGCUGACAGAUGUCGAUAUUGCAAGUUUAUGCAGGGUUCUUGGUGGUUCUGCAAAGAGAUCAGUUGGUGAGAAACUGGUGCCUACCAUUGACAGUCGCAAGGCAACACUAACAAAGGCGCAGAAGGAAGCUUUUGAGUCCAGUAAGAAGAAAUUGACAACGGCAAUGAUCAAGCCUCAUCCGAAGUUGUUAAGGAAAUAUCUUGCGGACAAAUCUAAAGUGUGUUAUAUCGUUGAGAUCAUGCAACAUAUGAAUCUUGAUCUCUAUUCAUUAAAGCAGCAAGAACAGAGCUGCAUUUCAUCUCUUGAGCUCACAAGGGACGCGUUCUUUAAACAUGGGGACCGCAAGACGUUGCAAACAUGUGUCAACACUUUAGUCUUUUGCGCUAGUGAGACGAAGGCAGAUCUUCAAGAUGCUGCUCAACGCGUUUUGAAAGAAACGACUGAUGAAGUUAUUCGCAAACUGAGAUCGGCCAUUGAGCACGCGGGGGAAACUGAAGACGACUAUUCUCUUACGGUGAACUUGCGACGGUUACAGCAUUUGCAGUUGGCAAUGCCUAUAAAUAAUGAAGAGCUCUACAAAGAUCUACUCACACUUCUGGAAGACUUUAGUGAUUUGGAAGACGAGGCUGUGCAACUAGAUUUGACAAACAUAUUUCUGUAUGUGAUAUGGUACCUCAAAAGUAUUGACCACGAUAAUCCAGAUGAGAAUCAAUUAACUAGUCUUAUAACCAAGAGAUCUACACUUUAUAAGCACCUUGAAACUCAGAUGGACAAUGUUAUUUCGAGUUUCAGUGACGGGCAGACCAAGUCCUUGCUAAGUUCUACGAUUUGCACCAUUUUCUCGGACCUUUGCAGCCUUUUCAGCAAAGAAAAGCUGUCCUCUACGAAAAUUGAACGAUUGGGGUUUUCUCCCUCUUCAGAGAGGUUGGAGAAGUUUUGGGAGCUGUGCGAACUCAGGCUAUCUGUACCUGAUUCAGAUGACGACGACAUGGAGCUAGAGCGAGAGGAAGAAGCGGAUUACUUUAGCCAGAAAGAUAUCGUUAUCACGUCGGCUGCAAAGCUAGUUGCGCAUGAAAUGAUUCCUAAGGACUUUAUUGGGUCGGAGAUCAUAUCGCACUACGUGCUCCAUGGCAAGGGAGUCGAGGAGACCAUAAAGCAGCUAAUUCUCGUCUUCAAAAAGAACAUGAAGUCCCAAGAGCUAUGUAGCCUCUAUCUGGACGCUAUGAAGAAGGCAUACAGCAGACAUUUAGAGGACGAUGAAGAAGCAAAGCCUAAAUCAUUUGAGCUUUGUAAGGAGCUAGCGAACCGUCUUUCAGCGACAUUUUCCGGUUUCGCCCGUAACAUCCACAGGCCAAGCAUCUUAAAGCUCGUAAGAAAUGGCGUGGAGCAUGCGUUUGAAGAUACUCCCACGCAGUUGUCAUUUCUCGAGGCGUGCGUUUUACCAUUCUUACAAAGAUUAGCUGCAGCCGACAUACGAGAUAUCAUCGAGAACGUGCAAAGCAGGGUAAACGACGACGAUGUAGAUCAAGAUCCGACUGGGUGGCGUCCAUAUCAGACAUUCCUGGAGCAUCUCCAGGAGAGGGUGUCGAAAACAGAAGCUCCAGGAAAGCAUGACCAGCCUCCUCGGCCACCUAGAAACGCCAAGACUAACAACAAGAAGAAGCUGUUUGGAGAUGAGUCUGAGAGCGACGAGGAGCAACCAUCGGAGUCGGAGGACCAGAUAGAAGAUGACGAUGACACUCCUCUCUACCAAGUGCGACAGAAGCUCAAGCAAAAAGGACCAACUACUGUGCUGUCCCCGCCUUCUUCUUCGCAGCACUCAAUGAGAACCCGGAAGAAAGCUACGGUGCUCACGGGCACGGAAGAAGACCUUCCGGAGUGAAAUCUUGAUUGUCUCGGCUCAAGACAAGACUGAUGUUGUAAAGUAGGUGCUGUUAGGUCUCGCAGAUGCAAGCUCUCCAAAUCGUAACGAGGAAGAUCUCGUUUUGUCAGUCGCGAAAACUAUCACGGUAAAAAUGGCUACAUGAUUAUUGGUCAA